CAACCCGCUGGACCCUCCCAAUCCGCUCAACCCGCCGGACCCUCCCAACCCGCUCAAGAAGUUUCGGAGGAGCAAGGUAAUACGCCCGCAAAACAAGGUGCACCACUUCCGGAAGAGGAAGUGGCUUCCAGCAAAUCCGAUGGUGACCUUAGCCCAAUCGUAGGAGUUAGAAAAGGGCGACUGCAAAUUCUAUCGGACGGUUCGGACGAGGAUGGGGUUGCGGUGAAGCCGACACCUGCGCAAGAUGCUAUCCGAAAGGAGAUCGCAGUGAUGGAGAGCCAACUAAAUUCCACCUUGCUGCAACAACGUUCGGGAUUCGGGGACGCGGAGACCGCCUACAAUAUCAACGUAAUGACUAAGAAGCUCGAGUCAAAGAAGGGGCUUCUUAAGCGAAAAAAAUACAAGGCAAAGCGUGAACAAAAAUAUAGACGGCAGCAAAAGUUAAAGCUUAAAAAGGUUAUUGCGGCGGCUCCAGAACUGGCGAUCGAACUUGGGGUAAAAUUUGAUGAAUUCUUUAAAUUUGCAAACUUUAAUAUAUUAAUUUUCGAAGGUUCGAUCUAUUCCUGGCCGUCCGCGGGUCGAGCAAGACCAACCUGAACUGCUGAAGGCUAUUGCCGAAAUCGCGAUCAUUGGAAGUGCUGCUGACGAUCGACGACGAUCGAGUACGAUCCGAUCAGUAAAGACUCUCGACGAUAUGACGCAGGCUCUGGAAGACAUGGGAUUUCACCUAUCUCGAAGCGCUGUGUACUUGCGGCUGCACCCUAACAACUGGCGCACAAGUGAAGGGAAACGCCAUGUAGUAACCGUUCCCGUGAGGCUGUGUCGUCCGCAGGCUGACCUUCAUAAGGAUCACCCUGAUGGUCGCUUUUGUACAGCAACGUGCCGGUAAAAAUAAUAAAUUGCUAGUCGAUAUCUUUUAUCAAUACAAUUAUUUUUGCAAACUUCUACAGGGCGAUAGAAACGUUGGUGUCUUUACUCGGAGCAGAUCAAGUUUGUAUGAUCUCCCAAGACGACAAGGCUCGUGUGCCGCUGGGUAUUACCGCUGCAAACAAGCAUGGACCGAUCCUGAUGCACAUGGAGUACAGACACUCACUUCCCGACCACUCUUGGGUGGUUGCCGAGCGACAUAAGUUAAUUCCCAGCGUUUACGCGGGCAUUGUUAUUAAGCCGGGAAAGGUCGACGGUUCACCAAACCUCGUAACGUAUUCGGGUCCAACCUAUGUUGCCAUCAGAAGUGGGAAGCAUUCCUCUUCUACUGCCGCUUCACAUGCUCUGGAUUUUAACACGCUGCUAAGCCUACCCGAGUUUGAAGACCUAACAAAGGUAAACGGAGUCGUCAAACCGCUGAUAAUUUUUUCUGUAGAUGGGGGACCGGAUGAGAAUCCGCGCUACAAGAAGGUGAUCGCGCAGGCUGUGACACAUUUCCGGGCCCACAAUUGUGACGCAGUGAUCAUUUAUUGUAACGCACCACAUCGAUCCGCGUUCAAUCGCGUAGAACGCAGAAUGUCAUCUUUGAGCCGGCAAUUAUCGGGAGUAAUUUUGAAGCAUGACCAUUUUGGGUCUCAUUUGGACAACAGUGGUCGGACGACGGACGUAGAGCUCGAAAUCAAGAAUUUUGAACACGCUGGUGAAACUCUGGCAGAAAUAUGGAACGAGCUUUGCAUCGACGAUUUCCCAGUUAUUGCCGAUUUCAUCAAGUCAGAUGUUGACAAUCCGGAACCUGGUGAUAAUGAUCCCGAGUGGUACGCACGGCACGCCAGGGAGAGUCAAUAUCUGUUCCAGGUCGUUAAGUGUUCCGAUGAGACCUGCUGUAGCCCGAUGCGAAGUGAUCUGCGAAACUUGCUGAGCGACGGAUAUUUGCCUGGGCCGUAUCCAAUCCAAAGAUCGGCAGGACGACUUGUGAUUCCGGAACCGUCGGAUACACCCGCAAACGCAUCGUUUGCGCCACUGUUGGUGCGCCUCGGGUUCAAUAUAAAGCCGGUUGCUGCAGGGUUCCCAGGGACUCCGCCGUAUGACUUGUAUUGUCCAUCGCUCAGCGGUAAAUUGAACGAUCGGAUAUGCCAGGUUUGUGGCAUGUACUUCUCAAGCGCGGUCAACUGUAGGGCCCACAAGCGAUCGGUCCAUGGUCUAGAGACAGCCGGGCGGAAAAGUAAGCCGCGAGCGGUGCUAAAGAUUCGCUCGGAAGAGGUUCUUGUGGAGUGCGACGGAGAGUGCGGAGAUACGGUAGAGUGGGUGGAGAAAUCCGACCUCACGGAUAUUCCAGAGAUACCGGCAGACGACGACAAUCUACCUGAUAUUCCAAACAUAACAAGUAUGGCUGAGUGGCUGAGUUUGCCAUGGGAGGACGAGUAUUGAUUAAGGAUUGUUGUUUUUCACGAUGUUUGGAUUACUUAUUAAACGUUAAGAUAUGGUUUC